GCUGCUUUCGCUUAGCCCCGGGGCUCGCGAGUGAUCUCAAGUGAUUCGCUACAAGUUGCCGGUAUUAAAUAUGUAUUUAAGCCGCUAUGCAAGGCGCGUCUUAACGCACGUAAAACACGUUCCAAGGCAACGAAGAACGUAUCACCUCGAUGCUGUCAGCACGAUCGGCACUGUUCAAGAUAAGAAUUCGGCCGAGUUUCAGGAAAAUUAUGGACGUAUGAAAGCGCUGGUUGACAAACUAAAGGGCACCGUGGAUGAGAUUUCGAAAGGAGGUGAUGAAAAAUCCGUUCAACGGCACACUUCAAAAGGCAAACUUAUGGUUCGAGACCGAAUAGACACAUUACUUGAUCCUGGGAGCCCAUUCUUGGAGCUCUCUCAGCUUGCAGCCUUCAAUGUUUACGGGAAGGACAAUGUUCCUGCUGCGGGUAUCAUCACAGGCAUUGGCAGGGUCUGUGGGACAGAGUGCAUGAUUGUGGGCAACGAUGCCACCGUGAAAGGUGGUACCUACUACCCACUGACAGUCAAGAAACAGCUCCGGGCACAGGAGAUUGCUCAGCAGAACAACCUGCCUUGCAUUUACCUUGUCGACUCUGGUGGAGCCUUUCUACCAAAACAGGACGAAGUGUUCCCGGACGUAAUGCACUUCGGCCGCUCCUUCUACAACCAGGCCAACAUGUCUUCCAUGGGCAUCCCUCAGAUUGCUGUGGUGAUGGGAAGUUGCACUGCUGGAGGUGCGUAUGUGCCUGCCAUGUCAGAUGAAGCUGUGAUUGUGCGAAAACAAGGCACCAUCUUUCUGGCGGGGCCUCCACUGGUUAAAGCCGCAACUGGGGAGGAGAUCAGUGCUGAAGACCUGGGUGGCGCUGACGUCCAUUGCCGGCUAUCAGGUGUAGCAGACCAUUACGCCAAUGAUGAAGUUCACGCGCUGCACAUAACACGGCGGAUUGUCGGCAAUUUGAACCGGAGAAAGCCGACUCAGAUGGUGACUACGGAGGUUGAGGAGCCAGCAUUAGAUCUCGAUGAUAUAUAUGGUAUUGUGGGGGACAAUCUCAAGAAACCAUACGAUGUGCGAGAGGUUAUUGCAAGAAUAGUUGAUGGAAGCAAGUUUGACGAAUUCAAAGCUUUGUAUGGAGAGACACUUGUUACAGGCUUUGGAAGGUUAUACGGAUUCCCCGUUGGUAUUAUUGCGAACAAUGGGGUUCUAUUUUCAGAGUCGGCCCAAAAAGCUGCCCAUUUUAUAGAGCUUUGCUGCCAGCGAAACAUUCCCCUGAUUUUCCUGCAAAACAUCACUGGCUUCAUGGUUGGACGGGAAGCUGAGGCUGGAGGCAUUGCCAAGCACGGCGCUAAGAUGGUCACCGCGGUAGCAUGCGCGACUGUGCCAAAGUUCACGGUUCUCAUUGGCGGUUCCUACGGUGCCGGCAACUACGGAAUGUGCGGUCGCUCCUACUCGCCACGGUUUCUGUACAUGUGGCCGAAUGCCCGCAUCUCUGUGAUGGGUGGUGAGCAGGCAGCAGGCGUAUUGACGACCAUCGCCAAGGAUCAGAGAGCCAGAGAGAAGAAGCCUUGGACAGAAGAAGAAGAGAAAGCCAUUAGGGAUCCCAUAAUUCAGAAGUAUGAGACUGAAGGAAACCCAUACUACGCAAGCGCCAGGAUCUGGGAUGACGGUGUCAUAGACCCCGUGGACACAAGAAAAGUGCUUGGACUCUCGCUAAGUGCUUCGCUGAAUGCUGUGAUUCCAUCCACUCACUUUGGAGUGUUCAGAAUGUGAAACAGUGCUGUCUAUUCUUUUUUUGUACGUGCCAUGACAACACAGCUAUAAUGUGUACAUAGUUCUCGUGGGCUGUGUGAAAGUAAAUGUAACGCAAAAUUCA